UUAUUUUAGUUCUUACAAGUUUAUUGUUAUUUCAGAUUUCCAAUAUUUCGGCUUGAGCAUCACUGAAGAAAUAUUAUUUGUCGAAAUGCGCAUCUGGUACAUCGAAUUUGUAUUCAUUAGUCACUUUCCUUGUCUAUCGGCGUUGGAUUCGACACUACUGCUCUGAUUAUUGGAAAGGAACACAACCUUGCAACUCAGAUUCGGCAUCACCACCCUGAUCAUGUUAAAGGAACACAACAUCUUUGCUUGGCUAUCGACGCCAGAAUGAACAUUACUGCCCUAGUCAUUCGAAUUGAAGGCAACCUUGCAAAUAUAUAGGGUCAAAUGAACAUCACUUCUCUGAUCAGUUGACCAAUGCCUCCUGCAGUAGCGACUAGGAAGAAUCAGGAUUCAAUCAUCUGUAGCACGAAUCUAAACCGAAGAAUGUAAACGGUAGGAAAUCUUAACCAUUUCUAUUCCUGGCUAUUUGUUGAGAUCAUUUCAGUACGAUCGAAUAUGUACAGGUUUUUUUUGUUAUCCCUGUUUGUCGCCGUGCAGUUCACUGCUGCACUAUCCGACACACCACAUCAGAUCGUGACCAAAUACAAAAAUUAUCACACAAUAUGCAAUGGACUGGGAUACAAAGAAAAAUCUUGUGCAAACAAUGGUGUUGUUGCAUUCCAAGCCCUGCUUCAGAAUCACAUAUCGGACCUUGGAACUUAUCAGACGGUUAAAUUUGACACAGUGAAGCUAAAUGAAGGAUCAGGAUAUGACGUCAAAACAGGAAAAUUUACUGCCCCGGAAGAUGGAGUGUACUCCUUUAGCUGGAAUGUUCUGGUUUACUCGGGAAAAGAGUUUCAUACGGAGAUUGUAAAGAAUGGUAAUGUCGUUGCAAAGAAUUACGCUGAUGGUAGAAUAGUGAAGAGUGGCUAUCACCUGACGAGCUCGUCCACGGUCAACAUCAAAAUGAAGAAAAGAGAACAGGUGUGGAUCAGAUCACACAACAAGCACGGACGAUACAUAUAUGGCAAUUCGUGGUCAUAUUUUUCUGGCUUUAAACUAUAGUCAUUAAGUUUAAUUUGACAAUAAAGAUAUGCUCAACUAUC